CACUCACAGCAACGAAAUAAUAACAAAAGAGGAUUACAUUAGUUGACGAGUUCUGAUAUUAGGGUUUGGACCCCUCUGUGUCUUCUCUUCAUCUGCACACAACACAUGCCCUGAGCGAAGGAUGGAUGAAGGUGAGGGAGGGUACGGCGAGAGUGGAGAUCCCAUGGAUCAGUUCCACCGUAACGAAGCUAUAUCCGCAGUUGCUGACGAGGGUUUCUUAGGCGAGGAAGACGACGAUUACGAAGACCUCUACAACGAUGUGAAUGUCGGCGAAGGGUUUCUCCAAUCGUUGCGAAAGAAUGAGGAUUCCGGGUUUCGAAACGACGACGUCGAUGAGAAGAAGCCGCAGCAGGCAGCUCAGGAUCCGGUUGGGGUUUCGAUUCCCGGUGUCGGUGAUGGUGGUGACGGUGCGGUUGUGGAGCCUAGGGUUUCUGGGAGGGUUGAUGGAUUUCAGAAUCAGGGGUUUAGAGGGAGUAAUCCUAAUGGUGGAGGUGGAUCGGGGAGUGGGGGUGGGAUUAGGGUUGAAUUAGGGCAACCAUCUGGGAAAAUUAGUGAAAUUGAGGAGCAGAGUGGUAAUGAUGGGGGUGCAGUGCAGGGGAUUGGGCAGCAACCGCAAGGUGGGGUUGUUGGGAAUGUGGGAAAUGAGGGAUUGGCAAGGCAGGGUCAAGGUGGUGGUGGUGGUGGAGGAGGAGGAGGAGGAGGUGGAGGGGGAAAUGUUAAUAGGGUUGGUGGAAAUGGGGUUGGAAAUAGUGUGACUGUUGUUAGUAGUGUUAAUACUGGUGGAGGUGGAGGUGGUGGUGGUGGUGGGGGCACUAUAUUGUUUGUUGGUGAUUUGCACUGGUGGACUACGGACGCUGAGCUGGAAGCCGAGCUUUCUAAGUAUGGGCCUGUGAAGGAGGUGAAGUUUUUCGAUGAGAAGGCGAGUGGGAAAUCAAAAGGGUAUUGCCAGGUUGAGUUUUAUGAAGCUUAUGCUGCAACUGCUUGUAAGGAAGGGAUGAAUGGGCAUGUUUUUAAUGGGAGGCCGUGCGUUGUUGCGUUUGCGUCGCCCUUUACUGUUAAGAAAAUGGGAGAGGCCCAGAUAAGUAGGAAUCAACAGAUGAAUCAAUCUGCUGUUAACCAGGGAAGGAGGGGGCCCGCUGAUGCGGGGGCCAAGCCUGGUGGUAGUAAUAUUUCGACUGGUGGUAAUUACCAAGGAGGGGGGGAUGGCAAUAGAGGUUAUGGUAGAGGAGGUAACUGGGGGAGAGGGAACAAUCCUGCGAUGGGAAAUAGGGGGCCUGUUAAUCCAAUGAGGAAUAGGGGUGGUGGUGGGAUGGGUGGGAGAGGUCUAAUGGGUAACGGUGGGAAUGGAUUUGGACAGGGUAUUGGUGGUACCCCACCACUGUUGCAUCCUCAGUCAAUGAUGAAUCAGGGUUUUGAUCCUGCAUUUGGCGGUCCCAUGGGUAGAAUGGGUAGCUAUGGAGGCUUUCCUGGUGCUCCAACUCCUCCAUUCUCUGGGAUUUUACCUUCAUUCCCUGGUGUUGGAGGCGUUGGUUUGCCUGGAGUAGCACCUCAUGUUAAUCCAGCCUUUUUUGGGAGAGGGAUGCCUGUGAAUGGUAUGGGUAUGAUGCCAACAUCAGGUAUUGAUGGUCCUAACAUGGGAAUGUGGUCGGAUCCAAACAUGGGUGGAUGGGGUGGCGAGGAGCAUGGUGGUGGCAGGGCUGGAGAAUCAAGCUAUGGCGAGGAAGCUGCAUCAGAUCAUCAGUACGGUGAAGUGAGUCAUGACAGAGCAGGGUGGCCUAAUGCUAUGAGGGAAAAAGAUAGAGGAUCGGAAAGGGACUGGUCUGGUUCUUCUGAGCGAAGGUAUAGGGAUGAUAGGGAUCAAGGAUAUGAGAGAGAUGCACCUAGAGAAAAAGAUGCGGGACACGAUCAUGAAUGGUCAGAACGAAGGCAUCGGGAUGAUAGAGAAAUGGGCCGAGAACGAUCUCGUGACCGUGAUCGGGAACGAUCUCGAGACCGUGAUCGUGACCGUGAAAGGGAUCGUGAUAGAGACCGUGAGCGGGACAGGUACAGGGAGGAUAGAGACAGAUAUGCAGAUCAUCAUAGGUACAGAGACCGUGAAGCAGAGCAUGAGGAUGAGUGGGAACGGGGACGGUCGUCAAGGACUCAUAGCAAAUCACGAUUAUCACAAGAGGAGGAACACCAUUCAAGGCCAAAGGAUGCUGAUUAUGGGAAGAGGAGGAGGCUUACCUCUGAGUAAUACUUUCCGUUGAUGAAGGAAAGAGCAGUAACUAAAAAAAUCAGGAUUUGUCAUGGUUGUUUGGAUUUCUGGUUGUGCUCUCUUGAUCCAGAAGUUGUUGAGCAGCUGUUUCGUUUCAUUCACUUGUUCCCGUUGCUUCUUGUCAGGAGCAUGGCUUUGUUCUCCUAUAAGAAAGGUUAGAUUUAAAACUUCAAUUCUUUGUCUAGUGGUAUUAUGCUCUCCUGUGCUUUUUAUGAUUAGUAAUGCUACUGCAAGCAAAUGAGAAGCUUUUCAAUAUCUAUUUUAUAUGUUAAAUAUGAAUCAAGUAUUGCUUGUAAGUAUUACUUUUGAAAUUUAAAAUUUUGCAUUUGGGUAGUUUAAACUGCAGUAUUAUAGUAUUUCGUUUGCUCCUGUCUGCUUUUCUUUAUUUUUGUAGUCCUCCUUGCUUAAAAUUCUGCUUGCAUUUCACUGCUGGGAUUUGAAUCUUUUUUGACUUCCAUAAUAUGCCCAAGGCUUAUGUUCUUAUGUUCAAGUUUCUCGUCCAUUCUUCAUAGGUCUAUUUUUCAUGUCAUACCUGCUCACCGCUGUAUAGUUUUUCCUGCUUACGUCUGCUAUUGAUGCCAUGGUUGACAUUGAAUGAAUAUGAUUAUUUUUCCUGUUUCAUUGAAGGACUAGCAUUUCUACUUGUUAAAGCCAUUUGGCUGUUUAACUAUUGAGUUCUGGAUGAAAUGGAAUCUGCAUGUUGUCUGCUAUAAAUUUUGCAGUUCUGCAGUCGUCAAAAGUUUAGUGUUGUUGAUUAAGCAAACCAAACGAAUUUGUAAUCUGGAGUCCAUCGUGCAUGUAAUCAUUCUGGUUAUGCAACUUUUAAAUGUGCAUACUGUUAACAAGUGUGCUGGCAAUUCGAUAUAAUUGUUUCAUUUCUCACUUACCCAUGUGUUUAUAGUGUAUUUGGCCAGAAAUAUUACUCUAAUAUAUGGUAGAUCAUGAUCUGCUUAUUGAAUUUGUGUUCAUAUCAAAAUCUUAUUUUCGGUAAAGUUUGCCAGCAAUUUAUUACAGUUUUUUUUACCUGACUCACUUCCACUUUUGUUGAUAUUUUAACUCCGUAAACAUAAUGCUAUUGUUUUUGGUUGAUCUACACUCGUUGAAAAUAUGUGAUCAUAUCAAAAUCAUCCUUUAUUUGUGAGUGAAUGUAUUUUUUUGGUUUUUUUAUUAAUGGCUACAUAUUUUAGUGGAAGAAAUUAUUAUGAUUUCUACACAGUCAAGCUUUAAAUAAUAUGUAAUGCUAUAACAUAAAUAUACUUAAAUAUACCAAGUGUUUUAUAGCUGACUACUUUCUACAUGUAUACAUUUUUAGAUAUUUGUUUAAAACAUACUUUUCAUGAGUUGCUCCCCCCAGAAAUACAUAAGCUGCAAAAGGUUUUUUGGGCAUGAACAUAAAAAAUAGUUUUGUUAACAAUAGCCGUUAUGGUUGAUUUCAAGCAUCUAAAGGUAGUAAGAUUUUAUUGGAACAUACAAUAUUUAUUAUAUUGGAAAUACAAUAUAGUGUAAUAAAUGUUUUCUUUACCAAUAAAAUCUUACUAUUCUAAUUAGUUGCUUAAAACAACUGUUAAGGUUGAUAUCAGUAUUUUCAUAUUUUUCUCUAAAAAAGGAUUGAGAAAUGUCUUCAUAGUUCAUGCUUUGAUAUUAUACAUGUAUGUAGAAAUAUUGGGGGAUCAAAUGCUUGGGUUAGGGCAAAUUCCAAUUUCUUUUUCUUUUUAAUUAAUAUUUAAUAUUUUCAAGAAAAAAUAAUGUUUCAUAUAUUUUUAGGGUUGAAAACAACUGUGUUACAGUUGUCUGAAAAAAAUAGGUGGUUUUCUUGUGUUAAAGUAUUUUGGUAUACUGCCCUACACAAGUAACAAAUCUGCUAAUGUGAUCUAUAACUGAAUUGAGAUUGUUCUAUUUUUCCCUUUACAUGAAAUAAACUCACUAUGCUUAUUUAUAUAAUGCCUUCUCAAUUGCAACCAUUAUUGUUAUCGGCUUUUAUGUUAUGUAGGGACAAUUGUUUUGAGAAACGACGCUGUUCAUUCAAACUCUGGAUUGCUUUGGGGAUCAAGUGCCAUCGAUAUUGAAGAGCCUAGUCAUGACAAUUCUUUUUACAUUGAGAAGUGGAACGUUUGCUAUGAAGAUAUUCACUUUUGAUUUGCAUUUAUGUUUUAGUAAUUAGCUCAUAUGAUUAAACCAAUGUUGUUUAUGUAUUGGGUUUAACUUGCUGAAGUCUGAAAUGUGGCAGACUGUUUAGAACUUAAUGUUUGAAUGAUUUACUAGGAUUUAGCAGAGGAUGCUGAUAAUGUGCCGUUUUUUUAUUGGCUCUUUGUUGUAUCAUUUUUCCCACUUUUCUUUUUGAUGUUUUCUCCCUAACAUUUUGAUAGUUGUAUACCGGUCGAGCAUGCAAAUAUUGUGUAUGAUGUAGAGAGCUAACCAUUCAAUCACUGUAAUCAUUCAAAGCUGGGGAAUUGUAUAUUUUCUUGUAUAUAUUUAUAUUUACUUUUCUUGAUAGAGGUACAAU